AUGACACUAUGUAACAAAGAUUCAGUAAAAGUCUCAUUAAACUUCAUUCAGCGAUGUGAGUACCAAAUAAGUUCACCUGGAAUGCCGCCUCCAGGAAAUGGAGUUGUCCAAAUUCCAAUUAAGGUAAAUGAACACUGUAUAGAGCGUUCUAGGCUGGUGUAUGCCUUAGCAAGAAUUCUUGGAUUACCUGACGAACACACCCGAGGCGACAGAGACAACUACAUCGACAUACACUGGGAUAAUAUUGAAAGAGAAACCGUUCGUGCGAAGAAGUAUAACAUAUCAUCACCGAUGUUAUGGGCUGGAAUUGAAAGUAUGCCGUACGAUUUUACAUCAGUUACUCACAUUGGUCCAUUCGAACACGCUCUUGAUAUAAGGAAACCGACACUAUCAUCUAAAUAUGAAGGAGUGUAUUUUGGAAAUCAUCAGAAUCUCAGUGUAAUAGAUGUUAUGAAACUUAGGAAGCUAUACAAGUGUCCAAUAGGAGAGAAACAUCAUGGAGCAGUGGGGUUUCACCCAAUACAUUGUACGUUUGACCUACCUCUUUGUGGGAUGGUGAACGACUGGACAUUAUCUGGGAUCCAAUGGAAAAAAAGAAAAGGUCCAGCAUCAGAAGAAGGUCCACAGACUGACCAUUCAAACGGAAAUGGGUGGUACAUGUUUGUCAAUGGUACAGAAACUUUCACUACUGCUCGUCUGGUCAGCAUUACUGAGCUGUCCCCUGGAGACGUAUGUUUCUCUAUGUAUUACUAUAUAGAGGAUAACUCAACUUCUAUCAGGAUAUCUAUAAUGGAGUCAGCUAGUAACAACAUUACCCAAAGUAGAGAGAUAAAAUAUAAUGAAGGAAUAUCCUGGUCCGAAGCCAGGUUCAAUUUAAAGUCAACCAAAACUUGGCGACUAUUAAUAGAAGCUGAUGUUUCAAAUGGUACAGUAGCAAUUGAUGACGUCAUGGUGCAGUAUGGAAAAUGUAUCUCUUCAGAAAAAUGCUAAAAUGACAGGAGAGUUUUCUUCGAGUUGAAAAAUUCGAAAAAUUUAUUUUAUAUGUUUUCAUAGCUAUCAAUAAACUAGUUAAAAUAUGCUUUUAUGUAUGUACGUUUAAAAUACUGUAAGCCAACUAUUAUUCG